GAAUUCAGGUCAAAUUUGGUGCGCAGGCUGAGGGUCAACCCCACCCAAACCCAACCCAGUGUUCCCCCAAAUCAAAGAACCCUUCUCAGCCGAUACUCCGCCUUUUCCUCUCCUCCUCCUCCGCCUCCGCAAGGAUCGGAAACCCUCAUACCUCAUCUCAAUAUUUCCCCAUAUUGUAAAACCCUCACCUACUCCUCUACUCAUCUCCGCUUUCCUCUCUGCCCGUCGCGGAACUAAAUCGGACAGGGAAAUGGAGAUAUCUUUGCUGAAAUCACUCCUCAACAGCAUCACUAGUUUUUUACAAUUAUCCACUAGUGAAAGCAUACAAACUGAACCAGUUCAGACAUAUCACCCAAAGAUUGAGGAGAUUUUGAAGCUUCUAAAGCCAAUACUUGAUGCGAUUGCUGAUGCUGAAUUUGUCUCCGAUGAAAUGGUUCAAGGAGCAUUUGCUGGAAUCCUACAAUCUGUUGAUGAAUUGAAAGAUAUUUGUGAAAAUUGGCAACCAUUGAUGAGUAAAGUUUACUUUGUUUUACAAGUUGAGUCACUUAUGUCAAAGAUUAGAAAUCAUGGUGUGGAUAUUCUGGAGUUGCUCAAGUCAUCUGAUCAAUGCUUACCUGAUGAACUCAGCCCUGCAUCUCUUGAGCAAUCUGUACUGAAAAUCAAGCAUGUGGAAUCUGAGCAAACUUCGUCAAUAAUCAUGGGUGCUAUCAAGGAUCAUGUGGAGGGUUCUGGAGCCAGUGCAGAGAGCCUGGCAGAUGUUGCUGAUUGUUUGGGAUUAAAGUCAAAUGAGGAACUUCUAAUUGAGGUUGUGGCUCUUGAGAAGCUGAAGGAAAAUGCUGAACAAGCUGACAAAUCUAGUGAAGUUGAUUAUAUAGAUCAAAUGAUUGCCCUGGUCAGCCACAUGCAUGACCUCCUUGUUAUGAUGAAACAGUCAGAAACCUGUAAUCCUGUUGCCAUACCUCCUGACUUUUGUUGCCCUCUUUCACUUGAACUCAUGACCGAUCCUGUUAUUGUUGCAUCUGGGCAAACAUAUGAGCGGGCUUUUAUAAGAAGGUGGAUAGAUCUUGGGCUUACUGUCUGCCCAAAGACGCGACAGACUCUGGCGCAUACAAAUCUUAUUCCUAAUUACACUGUCAAGGCUCUCAUUGCAAAUUGGUGCGAAUCGAACAAUGUGAAGCUGCCUGACCCAAAAUCAAUCCACUUAAAGCAGCCUUCUUCACUACUUGUAAAUGCUGAGUCUGGUGGUGUCAGAAGAGGUAACAACUCUGGAACUCCUGAAAGGUCUAUUGGUUCUCCCUUAGUGGGUUCUGUCCCAUCGAUUGCCACACGAAGAGAUGGAACUUCCCCAUCUCAUCCACGUUCAUUGUCUGAGGAUUCUUUCGCAGAAGCGGCUAUAAAUGGAAAUGUGUUGGAUAUAGAAAGAAUGUCCUUGAAAAGCUCUGAAGAUAGGUCAGACCAUUCGGGUGAGAGAACUUUGAACUCAGGUGGUUUGGGUCUUAUGUCCCCAUCUAGAAAUGGUGGAGCUAGUGCUGAUGUAGAGUUACCUCAGGGGCAUAAUCGAACCAAUUCAGCGUCCAGUACACAUUCAAAUUCUAAUAUGUCGCAGGGAACAGCAGCUGAUGGCAAUGAAGUAGCAUCACAUGCUUCAGCGUAUGGUAGUGAUGCUUCUGGUGAGCUUAAUGCUGAGUCUCGACCUGCUUCUAACUUAAGUGCUCCACAAAGAGACACUGAUGCCCCUUCUAGGCUGGAAACAAGACUUCGUGGCCAAGCAAUAUGGCGUAGGCCAUCAGAAAGAUUUGUCCAACGACUUGUUUCUUCUCCUACUGUGGAAAUGAGGCCUGACCUGUUAGAGGUUGAAACUCAAGUCAAAAGGCUGGUUGAGGAUCUUAAGAGCAGUGACAUUGAUGUGCAGAGAUCUGCUACGCACGACAUUCGGGUUUUGGCUAAGCAUAACAUGGACAACCGAAUAAUUAUUGCAAAUUGCGGGGCUAUUAACUUAUUGGUGAAUCUACUACGCUCAACAGAUUUGGCAGUACAAGAACAUGCUGUUACUGCUCUUCUCAACCUAUCAAUUAAUGAUAACAACAAGACUGCCAUUGCAAAUGCUGAAGCUAUUAAACCCUUGAUUUAUGUCCUUGAGACUGGAAGUCCUGAGGCCAAGGAAAACUCUGCUGCAACUCUCUUUAGCCUUUCUGUGAUGGAAGAAAACAAAAUCGAGAUUGGGCGAUCAGGUGCAAUCAAGCCUUUGGUUGACUUACUGGGAAAUGGAACUCCGAGAGGCAAGAAAGAUGCUGCCACUGCACUGUUUAACUUGUCCAUCAAUCAUGAAAAUAAAGCACGCAUAGUGCAAGCAGGCGCAGUCAAAUAUCUCGUUGAGUUGAUGGACCCUGCAUUUGGGAUGGUUGAUAAGGCGGUGGCUGUUCUGUCGAAUCUUGCGACUAUUCAUGAAGGAAGGACGGCAAUUGGUCAGGAAAAUGGGAUCCCCGUUCUGGUUGAAGUUGUUGAGUUGGGGUCUGCAAGAGGUAAAGAGAAUGCAGCUGCUGGUCUUCUUCAGCUUUGCACCAACAGCGCUAGAUAUUGUAAUAUGGUUCUUCAGGAAGGUGCUGUUCCCCCAUUAGUGGCCCUCUCACAGUCUGGAACACCGAGAGCCAGAGAAAAAGCACAGCAACUUCUUAGCUACUUCAGAAAUCAACGCCAUGGUAAUACGGGCAGGGGUUGAUCCGUGUGUUGAAGUUGCAAAUAUUGUGGUAAAAACUGUAUUAAAUGUGUAAAUUCUGAACUGAUGUUAGAUCAUGUACGUGUCUUGGCUUUAUUUUCCCCUUGCUCUUUAUUUUUUCAUUCCCUUUCCAUUUGUUCUCUAUAUUGAAAGAACGACUUAUUAAUUUGUGAAAGAUUGGUGUUGAGUUUCUCAAGUUAUCCUGUAUUCGUUUGAUAGAGAAAAAUAAUACUAGUGUGUAUUUUGUAAGCUUCUCUGGACUCUUUAUUCAUACAGUUUUGGGGGUGCCUUUUCCAUUGUUAA